AUGAAUUCGACGCUAAUGCUACGUCGUUUCAUCUGCUUCAACGCCUCCGCAUCUCUUUCUUCUGUAGCUUCGUCUCCGAAGAAGAAGCCUCUCAUCUUCCUCGGCUCUCCUCAGGUUUCCGUGACUGUCCUUGAAGCUCUUUUCGAUGCAUCGUCUGCUCCCAACUCUUCCUUCGAGGUUGCAGGCAUUGUGACACAGCCACCGUCAAGGAGAGACAGAGGAAGAAAAGUGUUGCCGUCUCCGGUAGCGCAAUACGCUCUCGAAAAAGGCUUACCUUCUGAUCUCAUAUUCUCUCCUGAGAAAGCAGGAGAUGAAGCAUUCUUAUCCAGUUUAAGAGAUUUGGAACCUGAGCUUUGUGUUACAGCAGCUUAUGGGAAUAUUUUGCCUACCAAGUUCCUUAACAUCCCAGUACAUGGAACUGUGAACAUACACCCAAGUUUGUUGCCACUUUACCGUGGUGCUGCUCCGGCUCAAAGAGCAUUACAGGAUGGUGUCCAAGAAACAGGAGUAUCAUUAGCAUUUACGGUGCGAAAGUUAGAUGCAGGGCCAGUGAUUGCCACUGAGAAGUUCCAAGUUGAUGAUCAUAUUAAGGCACCAGAACUACUCUCCUUCUUAUUUUGUGAAGGGUCUAAGCUUCUUAUCCGUGAACUUCCCUCAAUAUUUGAUGGAUCAGCAAAAUCAAAUUCAGUUCCACAAGAUGAUUCUAAAGCUACCUUAGCUCCAAAGAUAUCUCCAGAUGAGGCCUGGCUCUCUUUUGACCAGGAAGCUAUAGUUCUACAUAACAAGGUUCGUGCGUUUGCAGGAUGGCCAGGAACGCGAGCUAAAGUUGUAGUCCUCGACGCUGACAAGAGCGGUCAGCAAAACGUGCUGGAGCUUAAAAUCAUCACCACUCAAAUAUGCCAAAAUACAGAGACCUUGAACGGUGAACAAGAUUAUGUAACUUUCGAGAAAGGCUCGCUUGUUUUUCCCUGUGGAGGAGGCACAGCUUUGAAGGUACUUGAAGUCCAACUUCCUGGUAAGAAAGUGAUUGACGCAGCCGCUUUUUGGAAUGGCUUAAGAGGUCAAAAGCUAAAGAAGCUAUAA